AUGUGGAGGCAAGUUGUGCUCUACUUCAGGACUCACAGCUACCAUGCAGACAACUGUCAGGCAAAGGACAACCUCCAAAAAGAGGAUGAAGCAGAUAUUAAAGCUGCACAAUGGAUUUUCAAGCAACCCAUGGGAUCGGAGAGGACGGAGAUUCGCAAACGGCAGAUGGCUGCGACCCCGGAGAGCCCAGGUGCUGCACAGGCUCAGCUCAGCACAGGAAAUCGAGGCUCCAAUGCUUGCUGCUUUUGCUGGUGCUGCUGCUGCAGCUGCUCAUGUCUUACUGUUAGAAAUCAAGAAGAAGAGAGAGCAAGGAGAACAUCUCAUGAACUCCAAGCAGAGGGUAUUCCAAACUGUGAGGAAAGCCCUGCUCCCACUCUUGAAGAAGUAAAUGCCUGGGCUCAAUCAUUUGAUAAGCUGAUGCUUACUCCAGCUGGCAGAAAUGCUUUUCGUGAAUUUCUGCGAACAGAAUUCAGCGAGGAAAACAUGCUUUUCUGGAUGGCCUGUGAGGAACUAAAACAAGAAUCCAACAAAAGCGUCAUUGAAGAAAAAGCAAGACUAAUUUAUGAAGAUUAUAUUUCUAUCCUCUCUCCAAAGGAGGUCAGUCUGGACUCCAGAGUAAGAGAAGUUAUUAACCGAAAUAUGCUGGAACCCUCACAACACACCUUUGAUGAUGCACAGCUUCAAAUUUAUACCUUAAUGCACAGAGACUCUUACCCACGGUUUAUGAACUCUGCUAUUUAUAAGGACUUGCUUCAGUCCUUGUCUGAAAAAUCCAUUGAAGCAUAGAAUUUUUUUCUUAAAUGUAUUUAUUUUAAAACAGACAGGACUCUGGGCUACAGAAAUCCACAGGGAAUUUAGAAUUAAUCAGAUAUUUACCUGAAAAUAACUCAGGCAAGUUUUACUACAGACUGAAUAAUUUAAAUCCGCACAAAGCUCUGACACAAUCAACUAAGUACAGUUUCUGAUUAAAUUCAGUAUUACUUUGAAAAAGGAAAUGAAGAGCCUGAAGAAGAAA